AUUGCCUACUCAUCCCGAAGUAGGACCUGUUGCCAAGAGCUAUUCUGCGUUGAUUUUCGCGGCUGACAUUGUUGUUGGUGCUAAUGCUGGUUCCAAGAUAGACGAAAUUAUCUACGACUUCGAAGUUAUGACUGUCAACGGUGACGUGGGAGCGAAGUCGCAUGUGUGACGAUCGAUUGGGGAAUCGGGUUCACUAUCUUCUGGUGUUUCACUUCCGUUCAGGAGGUUGGAGAAGUCUUCCCUCCAUAAUUUCAGUAUGCUCAAAGCGUAAGUCACUAGAUCACCCCUGGGGGUUCUACAAGAGUAUGCUCCGGUAUUCCUUCGGUCCUGUCGGCCAGCUCGUCAAGCUCUUCGUACCCACGUAUGCUAUUUAUUUUAUAUUCUUCUAUUAUCUAUUAUCUAACGCUAUUUACCCACUCAAAGCAAUUCAAAUUGAGUAUAAAAUUCCAUAUGGUCGUCUUUUGAAAUUACACCGGAAUGCUGUCAAAAUUUCUUUGUACCAAAAUGCGAUGUAAUAAAACUUACAUAAAUUGUACGAAUGUGUUUCUAAAUUUCUGUGUAUGUGUCAAUAGAAGUAAACGUAACGUUUUGGUUAAUUUAAAACGAUUCCAAAGUACCAAGACUAUGUCGGAAGAUACAGCGAUUGUGACCUUUAAAGUGAAUUUGACCGGCACACGCAUUGCGCCCUACGAAGUAGUCGGCGUGAUGGGCAAUCAGGAGGCGCUUGGCGAAUGGAAUGUGCAAUUGGCGCCACGUUUGAAACGCUCUGCCGAUGACUAUAGCGAGUGGACGGCGGUAGUUGAGCUUUCGCUGGAGAAACUCUUACGCUAUCGUUAUUUUAUCGCCGCGGUGGACAAAGCCACACAGAUUGUGCAAGCACGACGCUGGGAGAUACAAGAGCGUGCGCGCGAAAUCAAGCUCGAGUGCAAGGAAGUCGAAUGCGUCGAUCGCUUCGGUUGCAUUUGUCCCAAUAAACUGAAAGUGCGCAAAGCUUGGCUUAACACCGGACAUGUAGUGCUCUUCAAGUUGUUCUUCAAUGCGUUGGAGUUCAAAGAGAACUUACCCAUAGUGCCGGAAGAAGAGAUCAGACUCAAGCUCGAGCCUGUUAAUCCGGAGUUAAUGCUACCCAUAUUGCCGUCGGCGCGCGCAUAUGCGCAAUACUCGAAUAUGCUUUAUGGUGGCAGUCAAAUGAAGGAGCAGCCCGAUUUGGGUGUCGUCUACAAUAAUAAUACAUUGAUGUUUCAAGUGAUGAUGGUGGACAAAGCGAUGGUCGGCUAUUUGCUAAAGUUGAAUUUAUCCAACGAAUCCACGGGUUGCGUACAGUUGUUGGGUCAAAUGUAUAUACCACCCGAGGCCUUAGAUACUAGCGAGGGUCUGUUGACUGUCAGUUUCGCUAGUAUCACUAAUGGCAUGGAAGUGGCACGUUUGAAAUUGAAAUAUUUAGUUAUCAACGCUAUGCCGGAUUGGCAGGUGAAGUUGAAUACAACCUUCCUGCAGUAUUGGCCGCGUCGCUGGAAGGGUCUUGACAUCGGACACCGUGGUAUCGGACGUAGCUCCAUUGCCGACAAUCCAGCGCCCAUAUUGGAGAACACGUUGCACUCAAUGCAGGAGGCUUACAAGGCUGGCGCUGAUAUGGUCGAGUUCGAUGUGAUGUUGACUAGAGAUUUGGUGCCCAUCAUCUAUCACGACUUCGAUUUGAUUGUUUGUUUGACUGCUGAUAGCAAACCGCUUACCAAAGCGCAACUGUGCACGAAAUCCGUCAAAGAUUUCACCUACGAAGAGCUGCAGCAUUUGGUCACUUAUCGCAUUAUAAAUGAGCGCAUCGUAGAAUAUCCGGCGCCGUGUAGUGUUAUCAAUUCCGCAGAGCGUUUAUUUCCAACUUUGUCGGAGUUUUUCACCACCACAAAUCGUUUUCUCGGCUGUAACAUGGAAGUGAAGUGGCCGCAAGCUUAUUAUGCCGGCGGUAUAGAGAGCAUACAGACUAUCGAUAAAAAUCAGUAUGUAGACGCUAUAUUGAGCGUGGUAAAGGACGUAAGUUGGGGUCGCUUGUGCUGCUUUAGCUCCUUCGAUGCGGAUAUUUGUAUUAUGUUGCGUUUCAAACAGAAUAUUUAUCCCGUCUUCUUUACGGUUUCGCACAAUGUGCCGGAAUUUUUAGAUCCACGCACGCACUGCCUACAUCCGGCGGUUAAUACCGCACAGGCUUUCGACUUGAAUGGCAUUGCGCCGGCUGCGAGUAUUCUUGAAAACCACCCGGACGCUGUGACGCUGGCCAAUCGUCAAAAGAAGUGGGUUAUGCUGUGGGGUGACAAGCUGUGCGAUCGCAACGCCAUCGAGUGGUACAAGAAGCAGGGUGUGCAUGGUUUGAUCUACGAUCAUAUAGAGUCGCUCAUGCCCGCCGAUAAGCAAAAUAUGUUCGAAAAGGAUGAACGUUUGCAGAAGCUUUUCAAAUUACAGCUGAGCUGCGGUUGUCGUUGAAAAUUCGUGUGUCAAAUGAUUUGUUAAUAUUUUAUUUGUAGACUUGUUUGCAAUGAAAAUUUAUUGGUGAAUGUAGUAAUAGGUUCGAAAUUUAUUAAAUAAACAUUAAAGAUAAUAUUUGUAUAGCAAUCUUUUAAACAAAAACAUUUAAGUGAACAAUGAACAAUGUUCAGUAAGAACUCCUACGAUUGUGAUAGGAUGAACUUUGCUAAGAACAGGUAGUUCAGUAGAUCCCAAAAAUGAUUUUGCAGUCGCACAAGUGUGAGUCGCCGACUAGCUUGUGCUAAGCAUACGCGAGAUUUAUUGAUCCAGUGCUAGAGCUCAAGAUGCCAAUGGAUAUCCAACUCGGUUCCAUUUCAAUGUGAGUUGGCCAAAGGGAGUAUGGCUAACUCGUAGGCUUCGCAGUUGUCAGCAAUUUCGCUAUUACCAAGCACCCAAAUCAGUCUUAUGUUGAAGUACUUUGAUGCUAUUUCUAGUGAGGACAGACACCCCUUGAUGAGUGUCACCACUACAUUUCGUACCGGUACA